GUCUGAUACUUGUUCUGACUCAUGCCAUUCUCCAAACAGAAGCGCAGUCUCAUAGGAAAGACCUGCGCUAUGUCGAAUCACUCUGUGGAGGGGAUUUACCUCAGCUCUCAUGUGGAGAACAUCCUGUUCGUGGCCUUCUACAUUGUCAUCUUCAUCCUCUCAGUCCCAAGCAAUGCCCUGGCACUUUGGGUGUUCUGUCACCGCAACACCAACAACACACCUUCCAAAGAGUUUCUGAAGCACCUGGCUUUAGCGGACAUGUCUUACAUCUUGGUGCUCCCCAUGCGAGUGAUCUACCACAUGUCUGGUGGUCACUGGCCUCUUGGGGAAGGGGCCUGUCGCGUGGCUGGUUUCCUUUUCUUCGUCAAUCUUUACUGCAGCAUGUAUUUUAUGGCUUGUAUCAGUGUAGACCGUCUGUUGGCUUGUGUCUUACCACUUAAAACUCAGAAUCUGAGAAGUAUCAAGAAUGCCAAAGUGGUCUGUGCAAUCAUGUGGGUCAUGGUGAUUUUUUCCAUGUUGCCUGUCCUAUUCUCUAAAAAAGAAGUGACCAGACAAAUGCAGAACGUUACAGUGUGUGAACAGCUGUACAUAGAGAAGUCCUCCAGUCCCACAGGUGCAUUGGUAUCCACUGCUAUUGCAUUUGUGAUACCUCUGGUCACCCUGAGUUUUUCUUACAUUCUUAUAUUUGCCAAAGUAAAACAGUUGAGUUUUCAAGAAAGGACACCUGCUCAGCGUAAGGCAAUAAGAAUGAUCGUACUAACAGUGGUUAACUUCUUGAUCGCAUUUGUGCCCUAUCAUGUCCACCGAUUUGUAUUUAUCCUACAACAUGAUGACAUGUCAAGGUCAGAAUCCGAAAGGCAAAUGUUGCAUUUAGGAAAUCGCAUCACCUCAGCUUUAACAUGCAUAAAUGGUGUGUUGGAUCCUGUCAUGUACUUCUUUCUGGCGAGAAAUUAUCAAGAAACCCUGCUGCUGCUUUGUGGUAGAAACCCUAAAGAGGAGCAAUCCAAUACUUGAUCGGA